UGUGUAGUAACUAAUCAAUUUUGAUCAUAAAACAAAGUGUUCAAAUGUUAUCAAGGGCAACUGAUUAAUCUUGAAUGAUUUAUCUAACAAUUUACCAAUGUGAUGUCAACUGAAUAAAACAUUGAGCUUCAUUUGUCUAACAUUUACUUACAUUUAAUUGUGACAAAAUGGUUUACUAUUUGAUGGUCUCUUUGCUAUUUUUGGUUAAUUGCUGCAUUUGUGCCGUGGUGCCAAUACUUUCUAAUGGAGUGGAUGAGGUGCUGAAUGUUGGUAACAAUUUACUUGGAGGUGGAGGACUUGCUGAUGCUCAUCGAACUCCUUGUCAGCUGAUUGAAUCUCGUAAUUUCAUCUGUGAGGAGCAUUUUGUCACCACUCCAGACGGUUAUGUCUUAGCCAUUCAACAUGUAAUUAAUCCUGUCUACACAUCCAAUAAGACCACAAUUAAGACAAUUGUCUUAACCCAUGGACUAUUUGGUUCAGCGACUCAUUGGCUUAUCAAUUCUGAGGGGGGAUUUGCCACUGAUUGGACAGGAACAGUAGUUGACGUUAACCUGGACAUCGAAGGACGAAAUGCACCCUACCUGUUAUCUAACAAGGGAUAUGAUGUUUGGAUUCCUAAUUUACGAGGGUGUAGAUAUUCAAGAAAUCAUACUCAUCUUAAUCCCAAUAUUGAUGAUGAGUUUUGGAGAUUUUCAUUUGAACAAAUGAUUACUUAUGACGCACCAACAAUCAUUGAUUACGUUUUAAAGCAAACAAAUAACGAUCAACUUGGUUGGAUUGGCCAUUCUAUGGGGACUACAAUAAUAUUCGGUUUGCUUGUAGAGCAACCUGAAUACUCAAAGAAAAUAAAUCCUUUUAUAGCAUUGGCACCGGUCGCUUAUGUUGGACAUAUAACGACUCCGAUUCGGCCAAUUGCUCAUAUACCUGGACUAAAAGAGGCUUUAACUGUUGGUGGAGGUGAAAUCAAUCUACCUAAGCCCCUAAUCGAUCUUGCUGCUAGUGAAUUUUGUACUCGACCUUUAGUGGAUCAAACUUGCGCUUCUAUUUUUUACCUUAUCGGUGGAUAUGAUCCAGAACAGUUCAAUAUAACUCGAAUAUCUGUCUACGUGGAUGGAGGUUUCUGUGGCACUUCGUCCUGGACAUUAAAUCAUUAUGCCUACAAUUAUGUGAACGAUCAAUUUGCUAGGUAUAAUUUUGGGCCAAUCGGUAAUCUCGAAAAAUAUGGUUCAAUCGAUCCACCGAAAUAUAAUUUAAGUGCAAUUAAUUUGGGAAAUAUUGUUCUAAUUACUUCUGACUUUGAUCCAUUAAGUGAUCCAACUGAUUUAAUGACAUUGAAAAAGUCACUGAAAGUGCCUUUCAUUGAAUACUCUGUACCAUAUCCGAAAUUUUCGCAUUUGGAUUUCCUUUGGGCUAAGAACGUCUAUUCGCAAGUUUAUGAGCCAAUGGUUCGUUUUCUUAAGCAAUUCGAUUGACAAACAAUACUAGAAAUUGUCCAAUAAUUAUUAUUAAUAAUAUAAUACAAUGUAUAACCAAUAUUAAUCCCAGAAUCAAUACUUGAGGUUGUUGCUUAGACGAUUGUUUCAAAUGAUCGACUAACAUUGAUCACUCGAAAAUUAUAACUGUACAAUAAUUACAAAGAAAUUCAUAAAACUGAAUGAAAAUGUUUACGAUUCAAAAA